UAAACGCGAGGCACAUAAAGAUAACUCAGUCUUCAGGAUUUAAAUGUCGCCCCGACAAUUUUCACAUCAACAGGAUGUCUCCUUCCACGUCCCCCCGGUUCUUUACGAUAAGGGAGGUGGCCUGUCACUGCACCAAGGACUCCUGCUGGGUGCUUUUGGGGACCAGGGUGUAUGACGUGACCGACUUCUUGCGGAGGCACCCGGGCGGAGAGGCGCUGAUACUUAGGCGGUCGGGCAAGGACGUGAGCCAGGAGAUGGAAGGACCCCCACACCGUCACUCGGAGAACGCCCGGCGGUGGAUGGAGCAGUACUACAUCGGGGAGUUGGACAGAGACAGCGGCACCGACGAGGCACAGACUCUGAGAGAGAGGAGGACGUCCAGUGAACAGAAAGAAGGAAAGACAACAGAAAAGACGACAGACAUGAAGGUGAAAGAGGCGGAUGAGAAUGCCACGUACAACCGCUGCAGCUCUGUGGAUCUGGCUAAGGAUUUGGUGGACUGGGGGAAGCCCUUGGCAUGGCAGGUAGGCCACCUUGCAGAGAAAUAUGAUGCGUGGGUUCACCAGCCAGUAAACAGACCAAUUAGACUGUUUGGAAACCCCUUCCUGGAGGCCAGCACCAAGACUUCCUGGUACUGGGUACCAGUGGUGUGGCUUCCUAUUGUGUUUUAUCUCAGUUGGUACUGCUACACCAACCUGGCACAGGGCACCACAAGGAUUGUCCUCACUUCAGACUUCUCUAUCCCGAUCCAUAAGUACAUUUUCCCGCUGCUCUUUUUGAUGGGCUGGUUCUUGUGGUCGUUCAUUGAGUACUGCAUUCAUCGCUUUGUCUUUCACAUGAAACCGCCAGCCCACAACUACUACCUCAUCACACUACAUUUUCUCCUGCAUGGACAGCACCACAAGUCUCCGUUUGACGGCUCUCGGCUGGUCUUCCCCCCUGGCCUGGCUUCCUUAGUAGUGGGAAGUUUCUAUGCAAUUCUCCGCAACACGCUCCCAGAGAUCCUUGGGAUAUCUGUGUUUGUCGGAGGACUGUGCGGCUACGUCGUGUACGAUAUGAUCCAUUACUACCUUCACUAUGGCUCGCCAAAGAGAGGGUCGUAUAUGUAUAGUCUUAAGGCCUACCAUGUCAAACACCACUUUGAACACCAAAGAGCAGGUUUUGGAAUCACCUCCACGUUCUGGGACCACCCCUUUAACACACUAAUCCCUGAUGAGAAAUUCUAACAUAGAAACGGCUCUCCUGAAGGGCCACAGGGCUUGUCACCACCUUCUUUAGAAAUCAGCCCACGUGCUUUAACAACUGUAACACCAUUAGUUCAGUCUCUGCAGCCAUAAUUUCAACAACCAAGGAGGAAGAUCCACUUCUGAAGACUCCUACAAAUGAAUUGCAACGAAUCGAUCUAUGUACACUAUAACACAUAUCGGCCUCCUUUUUGAUUUCAGCCAUCAGCACAUUAUUUUCUUCUCCUCUGUCAACCGUGUGCGUGUCAACCAUUCUGCACUAUUUCCUAACUACAAUGAUUUCUGCACAGUUGUGAGGCCUUUCUGUGACACUUUUAUAACUAAACCAACAGGAAAAUAUGAACUCUCAAUGCACUGACCUCACCAGCCACGUUGUCACCUGAUCACCAGUCACAACGCUAUAAUAUUCAGCAAAGAUGUGGGCCAUAGAGAGAAAGAGAG